GCAGCCGCCGCCGCAGCCGCCGCCUGGGCCGCCCCGUGUCCCCGGUGGAGCCGCCGCCGCCGCCGCCGGGAGCUCGAUGCGGACGGAGCCCGGGCCGGGCCAUGGGGAUCCUCAGCAUCACGGACCAGCCGCCCCUGGUCCAGGCCAUCUUUAGCCGAGAUGUGGAGGAAGUGCGUUCCCUUCUCUCGCAGAAGGAGAAUAUCAAUGUACUGGACCAAGAGAGGCGGACCCCAUUGCAUGCUGCUGCCUACGUAGGCGAUGUCCCCAUCCUCCAGUUGCUACUGAUGUCAGGUGCUAAUGUCAAUGCUAAGGACACACUGUGGCUGACCCCUCUUCAUCGUGCUGCUGCUUCCCGAAAUGAGAAGGUGCUGGGAUUGCUGCUGGCACAUUCAGCAGAUGUGAAUGCCCGGGACAAGCUGUGGCAGACACCAUUGCAUGUGGCUGCCGCCAACCGGGCCACGAAGUGUGCUGAGGCUCUGGCACCCCUGUUGAGCAGCCUCAAUGUGGCUGACAGGAGCGGGCGCAGUGCCCUGCAUCAUGCAGUGCAUAGUGGGCAUCUAGAGACGGUGAACCUGCUCCUGAACAAGGGAGCCAGCCUGAAUGUUUGUGAUAAAAAGGAGCGGCAGCCUCUGCACUGGGCAGCUUUUCUAGGGCAUCUGGAGGUCCUGAAACUGCUGGUGGCACGGGGAGCGGACCUCAGCUGCAAGGACCGCAAGGGCUAUGGGCUUCUCCACACAGCUGCUGCCAGUGGCCAGAUUGAAGUGGUGAAGUACCUGCUCCGGAUGGGGGCUGAGAUCGAUGAGCCCAAUGCUUUUGGAAACACAGCUUUGCACAUCGCCUGCUACCUGGGCCAGGAUGCUGUGGCUAUUGAGCUGGUGAAUGCAGGAGCCAAUGUCAACCAGCCGAAUGACAAGGGCUUCACGCCGCUGCAUGUGGCUGCGGUCUCUACCAAUGGCGCUCUCUGCUUGGAGCUGUUGGUCAAUAACGGGGCUGAUGUCAAUUACCAGAGCAAGGAAGGGAAAAGUCCUCUGCACAUGGCUGCCAUCCAUGGUCGUUUCACCCGCUCCCAGAUCCUCAUCCAGAAUGGCAGCGAGAUUGAUUGUGCUGACAAAUUUGGGAACACGCCACUGCACGUGGCUGCUCGCUACGGACACGAGCUACUCAUCAGCACCCUCAUGACCAAUGGCGCGGAUACCGCCAGGCGCGGCAUUCACGACAUGUUCCCUCUGCAUUUAGCUGUUCUCUUUGGAUUCUCUGACUGUUGUCGUAAGCUUCUUUCCUCAGGUCAGCUGUACAGCAUUGUAUCUUCACUCAGCAACGAGCAUGUGCUUUCAGCUGGGUUUGACAUCAAUACGCCUGACAACCUUGGCCGCACCUGUCUUCAUGCUGCUGCUUCUGGAGGGAAUGUUGAAUGUCUUAAUUUGCUGUUGAGCAGUGGAGCUGACUUGAGGAGGAGAGACAAAUUUGGAAGGACCCCACUGCACUAUGCAGCCGCCAAUGGCAGCUACCAGUGUGCAGUCACACUGGUGACUGCUGGGGCGGGUGUCAACGAGGCCGACUGUAAAGGCUGUUCUCCCCUCCACUACGCUGCCGCCUCUGACACCUACAGGAGAGCGGAACCCCACUCAUUGUCCAGCCACGAUGCUGAAGAGGACGAGCCACUGAAGGAGUCCCGCAGGAAGGAGGCCUUCUUUCUACCCCUGCCCCCCAGCUGUCUGGAGUUCUUACUGGAUAACGGUGCAGACCCCUCCCUGCGGGACAGGCAGGGCUACACAGCUGUGCACUAUGCAGCCGCCUACGGCAACAGACAGAACCUCGAACUGCUCUUAGAAAUGUCCUUUAACUGCCUGGAGGAUGUGGAGAGCACCAUUCCAGUUAGCCCUUUGCACUUAGCUGCCUACAACGGUCACUGUGAAGCCCUGAAGACACUGGCUGAGACGCUGGUGAAUCUGGAUGUAAGGGACCACAAGGGCCGGACCGCGCUCUUCCUGGCCACUGAGCGAGGCUCUACUGAGUGUGUGGAGGUGCUUACGGCCCACGGCGCCUCUGCUCUCAUCAAGGAGCGCAAACGCAAGUGGACACCCCUGCACGCUGCUGCUGCCUCUGGCCACACUGACUCCCUGCACUUGCUGAUCGACAGUGGGGAACGCGCCGACAUCACUGAUGUCAUGGAUGCCUAUGGACAAACCCCACUGAUGCUGGCCAUCAUGAAUGGCCACGUGGAUUGUGUCCAUCUGCUGCUAGAGAAAGGAUCCACAGCUGAUGCUGCUGACCUCCGGGGCCGCACCGCCCUCCACCGUGGGGCAGUGACUGGCUGUGAGGACUGCCUGGCUGCCCUGCUGGACCACGAUGCAUUUGUGCUGUGCCGAGACUUCAAGGGCCGCACCCCCAUCCAUCUGGCCUCAGCCUGCGGCCACACUGCAGUGCUGCGGACGCUGUUGCAGGCCGCCCUUUCCACAGACCCCCUGGAUGCUGGUGUGGACUACAGUGGAUACUCGCCCAUGCACUGGGCCUCCUACACUGGACAUGAAGAUUGUCUGGAGUUGUUACUUGAACACAGCCCGUUUUCAUACCUGGAGGGAAACCCCUUCACUCCUUUGCACUGUGCAGUAAUUAAUAACCAGGACAGCACCACAGAGAUGCUGCUGGGAGCUCUGGGUGCCAAGAUUGUGAACAGCCGAGAUGCCAAAGGACGGACCCCUCUUCACGCCGCUGCCUUCGCGGACAAUGUAUCUGGGCUCCGGAUGCUACUGCAGCAUCAAGCCGAGGUGAACGCCACUGACCACACUGGCCGCACUGCGCUCAUGACGGCGGCCGAGAACGGCCAGACCGCUGCUGUGGAAUUUCUGCUGUAUCGAGGGAAGGCAGACCUUACUGUGCUGGAUGAGAACAAGAACACUGCCCUCCACUUGGCUUGUAGCAAGGGCCAUGAGAAAUGUGCCCUCAUGAUCCUGGCAGAAACCCAAGACCUUGGCCUUAUCAAUGCUACCAACAGUGCGCUGCAAAUGCCACUCCACAUUGCUGCCCGGAAUGGUCUAGCUUCUGUGGUGCAGGCCCUGCUAAGUCGUGGGGCCACAGUGCUGGCUGUGGAUGAAGAAGGUCACACCCCAGCGCUGGCCUGCGCCCCCAACAAAGAUGUGGCAGACUGCCUGGCCUUGAUCCUCUCCACCAUGAAGCCUUUCCCACCCAAGGACGCCGUCAGUCCUUUCAGCUUCAGCCUGCUCAAGAACUGCGGCAUCGCAGCAGCCAAGACGGUGGGUGGCUGCGGCGCCCUGCCCCAUGGGGCCUCCUGCCCCUACAGUCAGGAGCGGCAUGGCGCCAUUGGGUUAGAUGGCUGCUAUUCGGAGUAGCCCCCCAUCAGUGUCCCUCCCCCUGCCGGUGGCUUGAUAUCUUAUUCUAUUUAUUUAGAAAAAGUCUAUACAUUUAGGGCACUUUAAAGGAGAACACGACUGGGUGGGGGGGGACAGAGGGGGGAAAAAUGCACUGGGGAGCAGCUGCUCACCCCUUUGCCACACCAUCCUGGCCUGGCAAGGGUCUGGGACCAACAGGGAGCACCCCAGGCCCUUGGCACCCCCAGGGCAACCCCUUCUGCCAAGUGUCCCCAAAUGAUUGCUAAAUGCCUGGCUACCCUCUCUUUUACCCCAUCUCUCAGUUCCCCCUUUCUGCUGCCAACUCCCCCCACCCUUUCCUCUGUUUCUCCUCUUUGUGUCCCCCCGCCCCUGCCCCUACUGCCAGGCAGAUCCCUUCUCUUCUUCCAUACCCAUCACUGCCUCCCUGCUCGGCUGGCCCCUCCAUCCCCGCAGCAGUGAGAAGCCUUAAUUUCUGGUACUGUGUGAGCACUCUGGGGGUGUCCCCCUCCCCCUUCAGGGGCAGCUAGUGGAUGAGGGGGGAGGGUAUUUAGCACUGGGGCCUGGAGCUUUUCCCCCACUUCUGUACCCCAUCACCCCUAAAGUUCAAAUGCAAAACACUUGAAGCAGCAACUACUGUACCUGGGCCCCAAUCCUGCACUCUCCCCUGGCUCCUCAUAUGCAAAUCAAGGGCUGGUUCUGCCCCCACAGCCUGCUCCUCCCUGAUUCCCUUCCACUCCUGGCCUGGUCCCCUAACCACGCACUUUAACCUUGCUUCUUUCUUUUAACUUCUUUUGGGAGGGCAGAGCCUGUGGCCAUUCCCUCCCUGGCUCCCCUCUCCCUUAACUUUGAGGCUUGUCAUGAAUUUUUAAGUAAGCAUUUUAUCCUUUAGGGGAAGAAACAAAUUAAUUUCCUGCCCAUUUCAAGACCACAGCCCUAGAAUGUCCUGUGUGUUUCAGGCAUGUGUUUGCAUGUGUGGGGAGGGAAGGACAAUAUUCUUUCUCCUGUGCCCCCCAAACCCAUAGUUCCUCUGUACCCCCACCUUCCGUUAUGUCCAAGAGUACCCACCGCCCCCAGUCACUCCUGAUCUGAAGCCAAAGAUGGUGGGAGGGGCAGGGCAGACUAGGGACCGUGGCUACUCGGGACCCAGGCUUCCCCUCUGGUGUGAGGAUGAAGCUCUGAUCUAGGUAGUGACGAAUACACACUGAGGCUUGGUCCCUGCCCUCCCAGCAGCGGGGAAACAUGGGAUUGAGCUAGGGGCUGCACUGAGAAGAUUCCUAAAAGUCGCACCCCAAAAGCCAAACUGGGCCAGAGUGAGGAGGGGGCAGUUUUCUCUCUAAAUGUAGCAUUGAAUUUGGCCCUGGUCCCUUCAAACGCCCUGUCCAUCCAUCUCCCAGCUAAGCCUCCUGGACAGUUGGACCUGCUCCCAUAGCCCAGUGUUCCCUUCCUCACACUCAAUACCUCAGCCAGGGGCCAAGACACAGAACUUGAAUAGAGGUCAUGCCCCCUCCACCCCCACAGUGCAUCCUUGCCCAGUUUGGCUGCCAUCAGUAUUGUCCCCUGAGAACUGGACAGGCUUUGUUUACACAGUACAGGGUCUCCUCCGGGGGAUUCCUCAGUCUUCUCCCCUCCUACGCCCCCUCACGCUUGCUUUGUUCACAACCUCACCCACUUUUCAGUUGUUUUUCCUGCAAGUCUUGCCACCCUUGCCAAGGGUGGGCUGAAGGGGGAGGGGGUAUCCCAGGGACCCCUGCCUCGCUAACAGAUACCCUUAACCAUACCUCAUGCUGGUUCCCUGAAGCCUGGGGUGUUUGUCCAAGUCCUUUUUGUUUUUUUUGUUUGUUUGUUUGUUUUUUGGCUUUUUUUUUGUCAUGGUCUCUUUUUAUCCCCUCUGUCUGUGUCUUGCUUUCCCUAACCCUCAGUUCCUAAACCAUUUCAAAGCUUCCAAAUGACCAUUAUUGGUAAGAAGGAUUGUGCAGCUUUUAGUUUUUAUUUUUGUUUUCAAAGCCAAAGGGCCUUGCGAUGCCCCUCUUGCCCACCUCCCUUCAUACCCUGCCCUCCCCUAUACGACAAUCAAUGUGACCUCUCUUAAGGGCUGCAGCCCCCCCCCCCCCCCCCUUUGGGGGCGGGGAUUAGGGGGCGGGGGGGGGGGGGGGCAGGGGGAGCAGAGAGAUGGAUUCUCCAGAGAAGACUCUUGGGGUAUCAGUCGUGUUCUCCUUUAUCAAUGUUUGGCGAUGACAGGAAGAUUCUGAGUAUUUGUCAGGAGCCCCAUUGUUUUGCUAGAUGAGAUUUCUGGUGGCUGCCUGUCCCCCUGCUGCCCCUUCAGCACACGGUCAGCAGUGCUGGGGCAGGUUGUGGGGAGUCCUCUGCCUCUCCUCAUGUGGCUAUGAGGAGGCGUGGAGGAUGAGCAGCCUCCUCUCCUUAUGCCAAAGGAAAUCCCACACCCCACCCUGGGCUCCCCAGCCCCUAGUGUUUUUUGAAGCGUUUUGACCAUUCUCAUGGCGACUGCAUAUUUAUUUUAAUGUUAAGAUUUUUUUUUUUUAAAACCUCUUUGACUUAAACGGGUGUGGAGAAGUAAAACAGGCAGAAUGCCCCCCAAUCUUAAGGGGGUAGGGUGGGGAGGAAACACCUCCUUCCCUUUGCCCUCCCUCUCCCCUCCCCCUCUCCCCACCGCAGCUCUAAAGCACUUGCUUCAAGUAAUAAGCACUUUUGAGAAAAGGCCUAUUUUAAGUGAGGACCCUGGGAGCAGCCCCAGGUCCCAGCAAAGGAGACAGAGCGAGGGCUACAUAGGAGACAGGGAAACAGGUGUGUGAAUCAGAGGGCGAGAUAAGAGCCAGUUUUUAGUUUCUGAUUUUGGGGAGAUGUUUCUGAUUGGGCGGUGGCUUUGGUAGGGUUGUGUACUAUCCUUCAGAAAAACAAAUGGCACAAACUGUGGGUCCCAGGAUGGGCCAACAAACCCGGGUCACUGCCACUGUCCAACUGAGACUGAUGGGCCACCUCCCCCACUGUGGCCCCCUGAGCCAUAGGACUGCUGAAAACCACUGAAUGUACAGCCCAGGUUGGGGUGGGGAGCAGCCCCUGGGGGAGGGGGCUUCUCCUUCUGUUUGGUGCUGUGGGGGGUGGGAGAGAUGAGACUGAGGGACUGCCACCCCACUUAGACAUGUGUUCCUUGGGGUGGAGGGGCUGAGGAGGGUCUACCUCCCUCUCCAACCCCGGCAUGGCCCCUCUUCCUUCCUCAUCCCUAUCCGUUUUGACUGUAAGUCCAGCUCACCUUUGCCUUCAAUAUGUAACCAAAGGAAAACUCAAUACUGUUUCCACCGCUGUCUGCCCACCCGAGCACCUUCUUACUCCCUGGACCUUAGAAGGGGAGAAGGGGCUGGGGGUGGGGUGGGGGGCGUGGGGCCAGAGUGAACGGUUCUACAGCUGUAUCCCCCAAACCUCUCGGGUCUUGGAAGGGACCCUGAGAGGUGAGGCUGGGGCCUGGCUGGAGGGACUGGGAAUAGGCACACUCUGUAUCUUGUGCACAUGAGUGUUUCUUCGUCUGAAUGACUCCAGUGACUACGCUCCAGCAGGGAGGCCCCUUCCUCCUUCCCUCUCCACCGUUUCUCCCCCUCUCCCCACACCCUGUGUUCAUCCCCACCUCCCCUUCCCACCGCAAAGGAAAAUAGCCUUACAGACCCUAGCCCAGAAGCCCUCCUCCUGGGGCAAACCAAUAUGGGGCCCCAUCCCGCCUAGUUUGAACCCUACCUUUUAAGAAGGAGGGAUAAGGAGCAAAGCAGCCCCUUCCCCUCUAAUCGUGGUGGCUCCAGCCCUCCGUGGCCUUGACCCAGGUUGGCCAAGGGCGGAGGCAAGGAAUCUUUGAGGACCAAGCCCAGUGAUCUGGGAAGAGGGAGGUGGAGAGGGAAGGGCCUGACUUGGGGACUCCCUCCUCCCGACCCAACCCUAGAGAAGCGACCAAAUCCCAGAGAUGGGAGGAAGCUGGGGUGGGGAGGGUCUGCUCUAUGAAUUACUUGAAGGUACUGACUCCGAGGCUGCUGUUGCCCACUUGGGUGUGAGGGGGACACUGUCACUGCAUUUGGGAGGGCAGAGGGUGGCGGGUGACGAGAGCAUCUGCCCUUGGCCCUCACUUACUCCUGCUAGGCCCUUUCCCUGGGGAGCCUGGCUUUGCCCCCAGGGAAAUCGGGGAGAGCCUUCCCCUCCCAUCUCCAUCCCUCACUCUGGGCACCCUCUCCAAUUGCACUAAAGUAGCUGUUGUGCCAGUCUUACCCCCACACCAGGGUGGGGUCUCUGCUUCCAGUCCUUUCUCCCCUGACUGCCUCCACUCCUGUCCCGGACAAUCUCCUUGUUCCCCUGUAUUCCUGGAUAGCUCAGCUUUGUAUGUGUGUGUUUUGGGGGUGGGGGUGGGUUCUGGCUGGAGUGGGUUCGCUAGGGGUUUGGGAAGGGCUAGGGGAAAGAUGGAGGACAAAGUCUCCUACCCCCUUCCUCAACUCCAAGCCACAGAAACCUGGGAGGGAGGGUGCCUACUCUCGCUGCCGUGUGUCUUGCAGAUGUGCCAAAAUGGGGGUGGGGGGGAGGGGAGGGGAGGGUGCCUGGCAGAGCGGCCCCCAGGGUGGCUCUCUCAAAGCAAUACAGUUCCUCCUGCCUGGGGGACGGCAAGACAGGGGAGAGGGUUGGGUUAGGGACCUGGGGGUUCCCUGUGUACAGCUGUGUAUAUUCAGGGGUGUUCUCUGUCUGGUACCCACUGUGGGCGUCUAUGUGUGUGUGAACCUCCCCUUCCCUGUGCCCUGCAUGACCUGUGAUGCUGCAGACACCACCAUCCUGUGUGCAGGGGUGUGUUGGGGGCACCGAGGGGCAUGUUUCAUGUCCUGUUGCACCCUCCACCCUGUGACCCAUGUACUCGGUUGUAGGAAGUAAAGAGAACUGAGCACAAUUCACUGGAUUCUAGUUGAAUCUUUCUCUAAGCAAUUUUCCCGUUCUUGCCCUUUUCCCUGCCCCGGAUCCACCUGUGGUGCUAGCGUUGGGGUCAGGGGUGUUUAAUGCUGGUGGGCAGCAAUAAAGGGCAGAUCUGCCCAGAUGCCUGUAUCCCCAGGGUGCUGAGGGCAGCAGGAAAAUGUGGGGACCUGGCGGUGCAUUUGCCCCACCCUACCCCUCCUCCCUGGGCUAAAGCACAAUGCGCUCCCUGCAGAUUGAUGCACCUUGCACCCUCCAGGCCCCUGCUCAUGUCCUCCCCCGACCUGCUUUGAGCCCUCCUCCCACCACAUCCUGGUUUUCUAUGCUGUUUUGGUGCAAGUACAACUGUCGUAGUCAUGGCUUUGGGAUGGGUUCUGUUUAUUAAAAUCCUAUUGCUCCUA